AAACCAAGAAAACAGCGCUUUGAAAACUGUGGACCUCCUAGAGGGAAUCGAAGAAAACGUGAUCAACUCAGCACUGCGUCGUCUCCUUCAGUUGAGAGCCUGGACUCACCAGCAGAAAGCAGCCUUCAGAUCUCUUCGCCUGACAAAGGCAGGUUGUUCCCUUUUGGAGGGUUAUCCAGGUUGCGGCAAGACCACAGUUCUCGCUGCCAUGGCGAUAUUUCUUCACGACUGUGGUUUAAACGUCCUCCUUGUGGGAGCUAGCAAUGCUGCUGUGGAUGCCCUAACGGAUCAGCUCACCGCACUGCGUAGUGAACCUUACGUGCGUGUCCGUCGUGGAGAAAUUGAGAAUCGGUCCAGAACUUCUGCCUGUCCGCAGGAUUCCGAUGCAGGCGCGGGCAAAUCCAACCCCGAGAAUCACAAUGAUGCCGAGAAACAGAACGCUCUCAUCGGUCUCUCGCAAUUUCUCAAGGAGUUGCAAUCCCAAAAAGGCGUGGCCAACAAAUGGGAUACCGUGAUUCCGGAUGGGAUUACUGCUUUGGCUAAGUAUGACAUCCAGAAUGCAUAUGAAGUUGUCAACAAUUAUUUGUCUAAGCCAAAGGAUCGACGCCCGGGCCCUUCUUCUCCAGAGGAGGACGAAAAAUGGCUAGCAAAAGAAACCGCUUUUAAGAAGUGCUGGGAUGCUAUCGGUGAACUUGUGGUCCAAGACGCAGACAUCGUAGCUUGCACCCACAAUCUAGCCGGCACACCCCUCGUCAGAAGAAACCUUGGUGCAAAUGGGAAAAAAAUUGUUAUCAUCGCAGACGAAGAUGGACAGGCUCUCGAGCCAGACGUGCUCAUACCCCUUGUGUCUUUGGACAGGGCGAACCUCGUUAUAGGAACAAUCAGAGGGGGUGACCGACAGCAACUCCCUCCUCUGUCAAUUACAGCGUCUGAGGUCCCUGGGUACAACGAAUUUGGAUACCAGAUGGGAAGAUCGCUUUUUGAUCGACUUCGUCGUUCCCAAUUUCCCUUUAAACUAAUUUCUGAGCAACACCGUAUGCAUCCGCGUCUGUCAAGAUUUCCGUCCGAGUUCACCUACUCUGGAAAGAUGACCAAUGACUCGACCGUCCACUCAAUUUCCCUUGGUACCGAGUUUUCAGGUGCGCUCCUUGAUUGGAUCCAGUCUAAACAGCCAAAUGCCAAGUUCGCAAUGGGUUUGGAACUCAUCGGAAUAAAUGUCCCUAAUGGGCAAACUAUGGUAAAUGAGAGAACCCGUUCGCGUUCAAACCUUGGCAAUGUUACUGUCGUUAUGGAGCUCGUGCGGUUUUUGGUCACUCGUGGUGUACUCGAAGGGAGGACUUCCACUAUCAUCACUACGUAUGCAGACCAGAAAAAGGCGUACGUCCGCCACAUGACGAAGUUGUCGGAAAGUCUGGAUGUCGCUUGGAAGGACCUGGUCCAAAUAAACACUGUCGACUCAAUGCAAGGCCAUGAAGCGGACUUGGUCAUAUUGGACUGGGUUGUGGAUUCAGGGACGAAGUCCGAUCUGGGCUUCGCCUCCGACAAUCGCCGAGCGAACGUCGCCCUCACAAGGGCACGGGCUUGCUUGAUCGUUGUGGCCAAUGGUAAUAUCCUCGACAACGACCGCCUGAGUGAACGGAAACCGGUAGGCAUUCAUCCGGAAAUCCUAGUGCACUUUAGAAGUCUGGUUCAGAAUGAUCUUGUUGUGGACGUCCGCGCUAGCCUCGAUGAUGCCUAUAGCUUCAGCGACACCCCCGCACCGACCGAUGAUGCGGAUAUUAUGGCAAGCGCUACUGACAGUCAAAAGAAACUCCACCCUGUCCAAGAAGAAUGGUAUACUUCGGGCGUUGAUGCUAGUGCUGAGACCUCGACUGAUCACGUCAGUUGGUGAUGGAUUUCAUCCCGAGUCUCGCUACCAAGGAGGACGGCGGUUAAGCAUGUAGCAACGAC